UCAUACUCAUCAUGUCCCAAAACUCAAUUGCCUGUGUUGCCUGUCGUCAAGUCUCGCAUUUAUUCGCAUUGUCGUGACGUUAUUCACGAUCUGUCGAUCUGUCGAUCGGUUCUGUUACGUGACGCGUCCAGUGAGCUGAUCUUUGAUUUCUUUGAACGAUCCGAAGACGCGAUGGCAGGGAAAUCACCGAUUAAAUCACCGAGAGGUCAUAAAAUGCCCGAGCAGAUACCGGCCGGAGAGAUUUUCAGGGACAUGGCGAUGGGUCAGUGGAUCCUCGGCAAGUCGAUCGGCGUCGGCCGUUUCGCGGAGAUUUACUCUGCUGCACCAUAUUCUGAAAAAAUUCCUAAAGAUUAUCCUAAUGUUAUAAAAAUUGAACCAAAAGGAAAUAGCUCGUUAUUUAAGGAAAUGCAUUUUUAUAUGAGACAAUGUAAGCCAGAUGAAAUUGUUAGCUGGCAGGAAAAAAAGGAUCUUGCUGCGCUCGGAAUCCCUAGAUAUGUUGCUUCUGGAAGUCAUGAAUAUAAAAAUAAAGAAUAUCGAUUUUUAGUAAUAGAUCGAUACGGAAAAGAUCUAUGGAAAAUAUUUGAGGAAAAUAACAAACAGUUUCCAGAACAUGUAGUGUAUAAACUAGCUUUGCAAAUAAUAGAUAUAUUGGAAUAUAUUCAUCACAAGAACUAUGUACAUGGCAAUAUCAAAGGUGAAAAAUUGCUACUGGAUCUGCAUUCCUAUGAUCAAGUCUAUUUAAUUGACUUUGGUUUAGUUUCUCGUUGGACAUCGAGCACUGAAUUUAAAGUUGACCCAACAAAAUCACAUUACGGUACUUUACAAUACACAAGCAGAGAUGCUCAUAUGGGAGUGCCAACACGUCGUGGAGAUAUUGAAAUUGUGAGUUAUAACAUAAUUAUGUGGUUAUGUGGUUCGCUACCAUGGGAAAAGUUACUUGAACCAGUUGCCGUUCAAAUACAAAAAGAAAAAGCUUUCAAUAAUAUAGACAGUUUCCUGGCCAAGUGUUUUCAUGGAUCUGUUCCACAAGCUGUACAUAAAUUUAUGACUUUACUAGCCAGUAUAAAAUUUAAUGAAACACCGUCUUAUGAAAAAUUUAAAGAAAUAUUAAUAGCUGGCAUAAAGAAACUGAAUCAUAAACCGGAUGGGAAAUUAAAAUUGUACAACAUUAGCGUGGCAACUCAACAAGCUACCUCUAAAUAUACUCCACAAAAAAUUAAAAAACCCAUAAAUGAAAUCAGAAAGAGUCCUUGUACGAAAUAUUUAGAUGUUUCAAGUGCAAACAUUUCUAUGGCGAACUCAAGAAAAAGUACUAUGGGUGUUGUAAUUGACAAAAAACGUUGUAAUAAAAAGGAUAUUGAGAAAGCAUUAGAUGAUAUGGAUUCUGAUGAUGAAUAUGAUGUACAAAUUCUUAAAAAAGCGAAAAAAGAAUCUACUGAAAAAGCGAGUAAGAUAACGAAGAAUACAGCUUCAUCACGUCGAAAAAAUAUUUUAAUCAAAGAUGACUCUGAAGAUGAUUCUGAAGAUGAUUUAACAUAGAGCCGUCACCAAAACGUCCAAAUAAAACACAACGGAAAAAGCCGGUUACAAAAUAGAACCUGCAAGACGAGCAUGGAAAAUCGUCUAUCUUCCUCAUCCUGAUCUUUGUAUUUUUCUUUCAUAUGAACUACUUAAUUGAUACGAAACGGAGAAUUAUCGUGGAAGCCACAAUAGUGUUCCAGCAAGUAUGUACUCCACGUAUGUACGUAUAAUUU